UUCUCCCUCCUUUCUUCUUCACUCCACCAUCGUGAUACGUGGCCUGGAGUCUUCCUCGCCAUGACUUCUCACAAGUCCUUCAGAAUCAAGAGAUUCCUGGCCAAAAAACAAAAACAAAAUCGUCCCAUUCCCCAAUGGAUUCGAAUGAAAACCGGCGAUAAGAUCAGGCAUAACUCUAAGAGGAGACACUGGAGAAGAACCAAGCUGGGUCUGUGAGGAGCUGUUCUAAAACAGAUGGAACACGUAUUUUGUGCUGUAUCAACAUCA